UAUACUACUUUUAUAUUAGAGAAAUGUUUUUUUAAAUUCGGUCUAUCUGGUAACAUUCCCAGAUUAUUGCGUACAGAAAAAAAAACAGCUAAAUUAACGUAACGUUUUUAAAUUUUAUUUGGCAAACAUAGUCGACUGCCACCCAUCAUCGAACAGUGUGAUAACCUGCUUAAUUACGAAAAAAUCAUUAUACUAGUGUCUCUUUCUGGCAGCCUAUCAAGCCCAUAAGUAAGAAAGAGUACAAAAUAAUGCAUUUCGUUUCGUCCAUGUCUUAUUUUGUUCCUAGAUAUUAACUCUUUGGAGUGAGGCAAUCUGUGGUAACCAAAAAAACGCAGUGAUUUAUACUCUUUGGUGGCAAUUACUAUGAAGUUAGUAGGUAGUACUAAUCAUUAUUCUAAAGCCUUAAAGGACUUGAAUCCAUGGCCGUAAAAUAAAUUUAAAAAAAAACAUUAUUCUGUGUUGGUAAUUCAAGAAUCAACGGACGAUUUUAAAUUUAACAGUAUCUGCCUGCAGUGUAAAUUAUUGAAAAAACGAAUUCAUUAAUUAAAUGCUAGAAUUGUACGUAUGUGGUAUCCAUUCAAUGUGAAAUAUGAUGUUAUUACAAUCGUGUGUAAAAAAAAUCAGUUGUUUAAAUUCUUUGAACUGUGUAUACGCUGAACUAAUUUAUCCAAAAAUAGUUAUUUUCGAAGAUAAAAAGACUGUUCGGAUUUUAAAUGUAACAGACUUUAAUGAAAUCUCUACAAAUGUUCAUUCAUUUCAAAGUGAUAUAGUAAAUCAUAUCGUAUACCAUAAAAAUGUUUGGGUGGCUUUAUGCUCUGGAGAAAUUUUUGUUAUAAACUUGAGAAAAGAUGAUCUAAUAGAGAUUAAAUGUGUAAAUAAUGCCAAUUACAAGAUUCGAAGAUUCGCUAGUCACGAUACAAACUUAGUUUUUGUAAGCGAAAGUGGUGAACGGCUUAUUACCUCUCUCACAAGCAAAACUUUAGAAGAGGAAAUUGGUAAAAAUACAAAAGAAAUCAGUGUUACCUUGGACAAAGCCCCAAUACCUGUCCAUGCUAUACACAGUGAUACUAGAAAUGUGCAUAAUGGAUUAAAUAUCAGUAUUGAUUCAGGGAAACUUAUUCUAAAAUGUCUAUGUACUGGCUUAACUGAAGUUAUUGCAAUCAAUCCCAAAUUACAGCAUGUCUCUCUUUGGAAUGAAAUGACUGUUUUAUCUACCAAUUCAAAAAUGUGGGUACUCAAUGAACAGUUUGAUUUAAUUUAUGAAUUUCAAAAUAUUGGUUCACAAUAUUUUCCAUUGGCUGCUCACAACAAUAUACUAUAUUACAUUACAUGGAAUAAAGAUGAGAUUGGACUGCACUAUGCUUCAUUGGCAUCUUGUGAAGAACAGCAAGACAAUAGGAAUUAUUCGGUUGGAUUUAAGACAAAACUUUCAUCACAAGACUCACUUAAAUUGCAACUGAAAUCUUUGAUUGAUGAAACUUUAUCUAAUUCUAAAACACCUGACCAAGUACUGCCUCACCUACAGGUAUUAUUUAGUGAUGUUGAGGAUUUAGAUUACCUAAUCAAUGCAGCUUCAACACUUUGUAAUCAUAACCUUUUGUAUAAGCCAGUAGUAUACCCUCUUCAAAAACGAAUUUAUGCAACAGGUAACCAACACCUUAUUUAUUUAAUAUCGGACACCAUCAUAAAAACCGAUUUGUUAGAAUAUGUAUGUUUUAAAGGUGGGAAUUGCUAUGAGAAUAUAAACAUAUUUGAACAAAAAUUUAUUGAACUGUGUGUGACAUUUAUAUCAAAAUCAGACCUUGAUUUAGCCACAAUAUGUUGGUUAAAAUACACUGAGAUUAAGCAUACAUUAAAUGCAGAUGAUGUUAAUAAUAUAUUAAAUGCAAUACCAUACAAUAUUAAAAUGGGUGCUCUUGUGAUAUGGUUUCGGAACCUUGUCCCUCCUCUUUUAGAUCAAAACCCUUUUUACAUUGAUUUAUUUGUAAAAUGGACUACAGACAGAGUGUUUCUAUUAGAGCAAUCACCAUAUUGGCCGAAAAUAGGGUUGAAAUUUAUAGCAGCUAUUAUAGAGGUUUUAGAAAUCUCAAUUAAAACUAUAUGUGUGAGACCAAUUUCAAUUGAUGAUCUUGAUGUCAUAAAAGAUCACAUAACUUAUAUUAUGGAACUAAAAGAAAAGUAUAAAAUCAAUAUGCUGCUUAGUGAGUUCAGUUCUCAAAGUCCAUCAGAAAUAGCACUUAUUAUGCUACGAAGAUGCUAUACAGAAGACCUUGAGGUGUUUCUGCAGGAAAGUUUGCCUUCUUACACAUCUCGCCAUUUACUUGAAAUAGAUGACACGCUACGAUCUUUUGUAGAAAGUGAAGCAGCUAGUAGUGGAGGUUGCAUUGAUGGCAAUCGUCUUAAGAUGUUGCUUAACUCUUUUCAUUCACCGACUAACAGACUAGACUGCCUUCUUAAUGUUCUCAAAGUUUUAGAUGUGCCAUGGGAUAAAAAUGUCUUAACAACUGCUGCUAAGGCAGCUGCCCUAGCUUUCAAAGAUUUUACUCUUACGGAUGCCGAUCGCAUGUUAGCACAAGAAAUUUACAAGGAACUAAAUUACUCGAAAAUCAAAGUUAUACUGAAGAAGUAUAACUUUCAUUUAACGUGCACUGAUUAUAUAUUGAUCAUCCACAAAUUAAUUAAAGCGCCAACAGUAGAUUUAGACGAUUUAAAAAUUAUCACAAAUAUUUUAACUACCUAUGCCAAUUAUGCUAAUACCUUAUACAUUGAUAGAUGUUUACGAGAUUGCGAUACAAAAUUAGCGUUACAGUAUUUUACGAACCUAUCCACUCGAACACAACGAGUUUUAAUUAAAACUAUUCUGAAUAAAUAUGAACAGAUCAUAACAAGUACAACUACGAAUCCGCUUUUAGAAAGAAACUAUACGGAUUUUCUAAAAGGUUCUUUGUUAUUGGAUAACAUAGAAAUAAGUUCAAUUGAAAAUCUAUACUACCUUAAAAAUUCGUACAACGUGUUGUUAAAUUUAAGUAGCAUUAACAGUAGUAAGUGUCGCGAAAGCGCACUGAGUAAUUUGAAACAAAGUGAAGAAGUUAUAUCAAGUUCUGGCCGUGGUAGAUGCAUUUUGCAACUAAUAAGUGGAGAGCAAUCAAAGUUAAUGUCACUACUACGGCGAACUUCUUCAGGUCACAAUGUACGAGUACUUGUUGAGUCUCUUAUAUUGACAAAUAAAAAUGAUUUAGCUGUUUUAUUGCGAUACAAAGAUGGUCAAAACUCUGCUCUUUUGUUAGAGUCAUACGAAAUACUAUCAGAAGUUUUAUCAAAUUGUGAAGAAGAACAUUUACAUGCUUUGCUUAAUUAUUUGUCAAUACUUAAUGCACUGAUACACGCUGGCAUUAUCUUAAAAAACCUUUCCAUAGCUUGGAAGUUUCAAUACAUAUUUUUACCUAUGUCUUCGCUAAAUACUUUGAAUGAUUUGAUUAAUUAUUAUUCGUCUUUCACUGAGAACAAUUUCGUGCAGUCGGAAUUAACAGGCUUAUUAGGUAAAAGCGACUUCAUUCCUUUUCGUAUUUUCGCUAACAUAUUGAAACACUCAAUUAAAAAGGGUACUACUCUUGUCGACGAUUUCUUUACUAUAAGAGAUCAAGUUACCAAAAAACUCCUAUCAAAAGUAGUUGCUUUACAAGAUUUGGAUCAAGUUUUAGUGACUAGUUUAUUACUCACGCUUAAAAGUGGUGAAUUAAUGGAUGAUAAAAUUUGGAUUUUAGAAUUACUACGAGGGCAAUCAGAAUCCUUAUCUCCAGGUGCAAUGCACUAUCUUUCAACUCCCCUUAUUCGUCGUACUUUUAACCUUGAAAAUAUUUUUCCUGGAAGCACUUUUUCAUAUCCUCCGCAGUAUAUACUUAAAUCAAAAUUUAAUAUCAAUUUAUCCGAAAUUGCAUUCCCGGAAAAUACGGAAGAAACAUGGGAUGUCAAAGUAUUACUGUUUUAUAUUUUAAGAAAUGAUCCUCAUACAACUUUCGAGCGACUGAACGGUUUAUGCCAAACUUUAAAUAUAUCGCAAAACGACGGUUUUUCUUUACUACUCGUUUCGAUGCUGUCAAAUUGGAAUUUGAAAUAUAAAAUUGUAGAAAACGAACUAGGAUUUUGCGAACUGUCCAUACAAAAUGAUUUUGCUCAUUUAAUGCCCAAAUGCAUGAUAAUUUGGCAAAAUAUUGAAGACAAAGAUUUUUUAAAGGACAUUUUGAAUGAUUUUUGGAAAAAUGGAGAACUAAUAAUACAUGGAUGUCUAGUCUCUAUCAACCCAUAUUACUAUGAAGUCUAUUUAUGUAUUUAUGAAAUGGUAUUUUCUUCGAGUAAUGAAUCUAAGCAUUUAAAGCAAUAUUACUUACUGAAUUUUUUAAAAGGUUACCAAAGAAAAAGCAGUCCCAAGCAAUAUGAAUUUGAACUCUUUUCCGUUAAAGGAAUGUUUCCUGAAAUUGGACAUUACAGAUUACCUUUUCAUCUUUUUAUGCGUGAUGAUAUGUGGUCAAAUUUAAAAUCUGAAAUAACGUUAGAAACAUACGAACGCUGGUUACCCGUGGUUGCAUUACUCUCACUUGAUGGCGAAUUACAAACAGCUAAUGAUAUGAUUUGUAGUAACGCUGUAAAACAAACUAUGACAAACCGUAAGAGAUUCGAAAGUAACGAUACUGAGUCAAAAGAUAACGAGCCUUGGCGAUUAAUAUCUUUAGAAGAACCUUUGCUUCGUACAGCUCAUCGAUGCGUAAGACAUAUUGCAAAUAUGGAAUGGGCGGGUGCUUGUCUUUUUUAUGUUCUCCAAGGAUGUGCUAGAGGAGCAGAUCAAGUAGCUGCAGCUCAGCUUUGCUAUCAAUUUUCCCAACGCUGGGCAACUGUCCAACCUGGCAAUCGUGCUGUUAGGCAGAUGGAAAGGUUACACUCUACACUGUCUACCCGUCAUGCUUUACAUAAAAUAGAAUGGGCAUGUGAAGAGCUUAUUCGCCUAACCACUGAGCCCGCUCAACUUAUUCACGCUUUAUAUUUGCAUCCAAAUUUUGUAGAUAAAUUUUCUCGUCAUGACAUUAAUCGCGCCGCAAAUGAAAUAGCUGAUAAAAAUGGUAUUAACAUAAGCUCCAUUAGAAUCCAAAUAUUAGAAAAUAUACUUGAAAAAACGUAUAAAGACAAUAAAAGCUUGCAUGGUCUUGAAAUAAAAGAUUUAAUAACAGCUAAAUAUAUUUUAAAAGCUACUUGCCCAAAAAUGGGGGCCAUUUAUUUGUCAAGAAUUGCGUUUGAUGAGGAAAGCGAUCACAAUAAAUGCAAAAAACUCCGAGCAUUGCAAUGUUUAAUUAGUGUCAUUGAUUCCGACACUGCUCUCAAAGUUACUAAUCGUCAACGUGAUGUCCUGUGGUUGUCUUUAUUAGAACUAUUAUAUGUUGUUAAGCUUGAAAAAAUUGAUGUACCCUGGGUAGUUGCUACGUUUAUGCAGAAUAAAACCGUAGCUUUAAGCCAACUAUUACAAGUUGCUGGAAAUAAUAUAGAAAGUUUAAAAAUUGCAGCUGAGUUAGCACAUAAAUUUGGUAAUGCACAUCUUAUGCGAGAAAUUAUACCUAUGUUACUUCGUACCUCUUUAUAUGAGGAAAUUAUUCCUUUAAUUUUAAAAGUCCAAAAUCCACCUGAUAACAUUAUUUAUUCAGCGUGGAAAGCCAUAAUACUGUCUCCAUUCCAACGAGCCGAUUAUCCUAUUACUGAUCGCCAGAAAAGUAAAUGUCUUAAUGCUUUAAAUUUAUUACCAGUUUGUCCAGUUAUUAAAGAUGAUGAUUUAAUUGAAAUUUGGAAAAACUGUGUGAGAUGUAAGUGUCUUGGAUUAGGUUGUUUAAUAUUACCAUAUAUGUCUCCAGAAACAAGACAAAAUCUCAGUGAACUGCGCAAAGUAGAUAGAAGAAACUUAAUCAUAAGUUUGAAAAACCUACACACUGAAAGUUAUCUUGUGUCAGGAGCGAUGUAUGUUAUUGAAAAUUUAACGCCAAAAUUGUACAGAUAAUCGUUUACAAAUUGUAUUUCCAUUUACUAAAAUUUCUCUUUAAUUGCUAUCUUUUAUAUUAACCUGCACAGAAUUAU